GAGGACCUGGUUCCUGCUGGGGUUUGUACUGACUCACUUAAAUCUCAACUUAUUUACUUGUGGAUCAAGCUUUAUUUUAUCUCCUGGUUGAGGACAAGACUUUGACAUAAAGGUGUGAUUGGGCAGAUGUAAGAAAGAAAUAUUAUGGUAGCAUCAGGAGGCCAUCCCACACAAACAUCUCCCACCACAACCAAGAAUUAAAGCUCUGUAAAAUAAGAGGCAGAACAAUUCCUCACAACUGUACAAUAAGUCAGUACAGUAUGAGGAUUAGUGAACAUCUUCAGGAGAACAUUGUAAUCAAGAUUGAGGUAAAUUGUCAACUCUCCAAGUCUUAAGUUACAAAUAUGGAAGUCAAGUUGGUGUUCUAGGAAACAGUGAGAAAAAAAAGAACGUUCACACAAGUGAAACUUUCUCUUGAAAAUACCAGUUAAAUGAUGCACUGUGUUAUAUAUAGUUUAAAUACAGUAUGAUGAGAGUUGCAAUGUUUUUACCUAAACAACUACCUUGUGACUCUUUUGCUUGUGUACACUGCUGAUAAAAGUUCCAAUAUAUAAAUGUGACAAGUGUUUGUCUGCUGUGCUUGUAUACUGGUGAGACAAAGUUCACUUGUGGUAAAUAUUUCUCAUACAAUAGUGAGCUCAAGAACCACACACAUGUGCAGAAUUAUUUAUGCAAAUUUAGCUGUGAAGAGUGGAUAACUUUUUUAUACAGUACAAAAGUUACCCAAACAUGUGUACAGUGAAGGAAAUAUUUUCUUGUAUGGAGUGUUGUAAAGUGUGUAAAAGAUGGCCCGGUUUAUGAAUCAAAUGGCUGGACAUGGUGGCCAAAAUAAUUAUGAGUGUGUACAGUGUGGUGAAUUAUUUUACUGUAAUGAUUCUAUGAAGAUGCAUACCUGUUUGGCUGAACACAUUGAGAUAAAUAUUAAAUAUGAAGAAGUUGAUGAAAGUUUUAACAGUAACUAUGAUGUGACACAACAUGUGACUGUUAAUGAGAAAGAUAUUAAGUGUGAAGAGUUUGAUGAAAGUUUUAACAGUAACUAUGAUGUGACUGUUAAUGAAAAAGAUAUUAAGUGUGAAGAGUUUGAUGAAAGUUUUAACAGUAACUAUGAUGUGACACAACAUGUGACUGUUGAUGAGAAAACUCGUAAAGGUCUAGAAAGUGGUAAAAGUUAUAACAAAAAGGAACAACUAAAGGAACAAAUAGUUGUACACACUGGUGUAAAGAAUUUUAAGUGUGAAGAGUGUGGUAAAUGUUAUUCCAGAAAUAGCCAUUUGAAGAGCCAUAUGUUUGUACACACUGGUGAGAAGAAUUUUAAAUGUGAAGAGUGUGGUAAAUGUUAUUCCAGAAAGAACUAUCUGAAGCAGCAUGUGGUUGUACACACUGGUGAGAAUAAUUUUAAGUGUGAAGAGUGUGGUAAAUGUUGUUCCAGAAAGAGCUAUUUGAAGAGCCAUAUGGUUGUACACACUGAUGAGAAGAAUUUUAAAUGUGAAGAGUGUGGUAGAUGUUAUUCCAGAAAGAGCCAUUUGAAGGGUCAUAUGGUUGUACACACUGGUGAGAAUUUUAAAUGUGAAGAGUGUGGUAAAUGUUAUUCCAAAAAGAGCAAACUGAGGAGCCAUAUGGUUGUACACACCGGUGAGAAAAUUUUUAUUUGUGAAGAGUGUGGUAAAUGUUAUUACACAAAGAGCCAUCUGAAGAGCCAUAUGGUUGUACACACUGAUGAGAAGACUUUUAAAUGUGAAGAGUGUGGUAAAUGUUAUUCCAGAAAGAGCAAACUGAAGCAGCAUAUAGUUGUACACACUGGCGAGAAGAAUUUUAAGUGUGAAGAGUGUGGUAAAAGUUAUUACAGAAAGAGCCAUCUGAAGAGCCAUAUGAUUGUACACACUGGUGAGAAGAAUUUUAAGUGUGAAGAGUGUGGUAAAUGUUAUUACACAAAGAGCCAUCUGAAUAGCCAUAUGAUUGUACACACUGGUGAGAAGAAUUUAAAGUGUUAUGAGUGUGGUAAAUGUUAUUCCAGAAAGAGCCAUCUGAAGAGACAUAUGUCUGUACACAAUGGUGAGAAGAAUUUUACAUGAAAGUUGCAGGGAUAGAUCUUAAAGAUAAAUGAUCUGGGGAACUGUAUGGUCUUGCAUGUGGGUAAGAAUUAUUUGAAGUGUAUAUAAUGGAUUAUUUAUUUCCAAAAGAAGACCAAUUGGAAAUAAUCAUAUGAUGGCUGUGUUGGUUAUCCUUUGUCGAACUGACUUACUGUUUGCCAUUGUUUGUAUACCUGUACUGAUAUUUGUUGUAUUCCUGUACUGUAUAUUUGUUGUAUACCUGAACUGUAUAUUUGUUGUAUACCUGUACUGUAUA